CAGUCAGAGACUUAGUGGCGCGGAGCGUCGAUUCUAAGUGGAGAGCAGCAGCGGAGCAACCAUGGUGAAGAUAUUCAUUGGGAACCUGUCUCAGCACACCGAGAAGGAUGAAGUCGAAGCUCUGUUUGCAAACUACGGCACAGUCACCGAAUGUGCCAAGUACAAAAACUACGCUUUCGUCCACAUGGAAGACAGAAAGGCCGCCACUAAAGCUAUCCGGGAGCUCCAUCUGCACAAGCUGGGCGGCAGGCCCAUUAAUGUGGAACCCAGCAGAGGGAAGAACCAGGGCCCUGUGAAGCUCCAUGUGGCCAAUGUAGAGAAGGGCUUCAGUGAUGAGCUGAGAGCGCUGUUUGAGGAGUACGGCACAGUCACCGAGUGCUCCAUCGUCAAGGACUUUGCUUUUGUACACAUGGACAACUCUGAUGAGGCCAUGGAUGCCAUGAAGGGUCUUGACAACACAGAGUUUCAAGGUAAGCGCAUACAUGUUCAGAUAUCAAAAAGCAGGAGAGCGGCACACAAGGACGAUGAGUAUCCCCCUCCGCCAAGCAGAGGCGGCUAUUAUCCUCCCCGCUACCCAGGGGAGAUGCCCGAGCCUCCCUACAGAGGCCGCAUGUCCGCUUACCCGCCUCCGCCGCCGCCCCCGCCCCCUCCUCCUCCCCCGAGACGACCAGUGUAUGCCGAGCGUGGCUACGGCGAGCGAGACAGCUACGGGGUGGUUGAUUUCUAUGAGAAAUACCGAGCCCGUCCUUACAGCAUGCCGGGCUACGAUGACAGGCGUUCCAGUGCCAUCCCCCCUCCUCCGCCUCCUCCUUCGGCGUUGGUUAGAGAACGUCUCGGGAUGGGGUCCCUCGAUCCAUACGAGCGCCGGCAGCUCCCCCCUCCUCCUGCGUCCUACAUGACCAGGGACCGAAGCCCCAUCAGACGAGCCCCGCUCCCCCCUGCUCCGUCAGCUGGUAACGGCUACGCCUACGAGCGCUCCCGGCUCUCCCCGCUGUCCAGGUCUCAGAUGUACGCGGCCCCGCGCCCCAGGGACUCGUUCUCGGACAGAUUGCAGCCGCUGCCGCCGCCGCCACCUCGCUAUGCGGGCUAUUAGGCACACAAGAGUAUAAUACAAGGUUUAGAAUAUGACAAGAUCGUCGUCGUCUGCUGAUGUAUACAUCCCUCUCGUCUAUGGCGGAUUGCGUUGCGUUCGCCUGAGACUUACUGGAAGAUACUGUAUUGCGGACAGACCCCCCCUCGUACUUAAAAAAACAAACAAACAUACGAUUCCAUGUCUACAGUUCACAUAUUCUCAUGAGCUGUUCCUGCCUUUUUUCUUUUUUUGGUUCUGUUCCUCUUGCUUGUUUCUACUGUUCAAAUCCUUCAAUUGUUUGAGAGAAUAGGAUGCUGGCAUAGGUGCUAAGUCUAUUGCAGUGUGACUCAGUACUGAUAAUGGCCAAAAACUACAGUUUGCUAUUCAAUCUUUCUAAAAAUGGAUAUGGCCUCUGGGGAAAUUUCAUAACAAGGGAAGUCAAUUCAAUGAAAAUCUUUGUAGUAUCUGUAAACAAAAAAUUAUUGUAGAUUUUGUUCAAUCUAAAGGUGUUGGUUGAUCACAAAAUGCUCAUCAAAAUAAGUAAAUAAAAUUCAACGUAUAAAGUGCUUUAAUAUCAUACUCUGAUGUGGCAGGUUGUACAUUAAUCUCUUUAAGUUGUCGGACGCAUGUAAAGCAUGACAAAUCAAAAAAUUCCACUCUGGUUUUUGUUCUUUUUCACUUUGUGUUAAGUUUUUUUUUUUUUUUUUUUCUAGCGUGAACAGAAUCUAUUAGUAACGUUUAUGUAUGAUUUUAUUUACUUUACAAAGUUGCUUUUCAUUUGAAGGCUUUUUAAUAAACACAUGAAACCCAAAAAACCCGACGUCCUAACUGUCAAAUUCUUCCUUGCUGAGUCGGCCUUUUGGUCAGCCACUAUU